CUCAAAGGCGUUUUUACCCAUAGUACAUACACAUAAUAUAUAAAAGUAUCUAAGCGUACAGGUUGUGCAGCCACAGUUAUCUUAUCAGUUGUUAAAAAGUAGAAAAUGUAAUCUUACUAUAUCUUCACACACUGAUGUGUGCGUGAAUCAUUGGAAAGUAUACGAAUCACAGAGCAUGAACGUUAUACUGAGUGUCGUGAACAGCAAUAUCUUGUCAUUGAGAGGAUGGACUUUUUUAUAAUUCUACUUACAUUCUACGGAAUAAGCCUGACGGAAUCACAACUCCGCAUACCAGAGGAGCUUAAGGAAUGUUAUGUGAAUAACAACAUGCAGCAUUUCCGUCUUCCUAUGAACAUGCGCGUACUACUGGAUAUUAUUCGUAAAGCAGAGAAAUAUUCUUAUACUACGAUGGACAUGAAAACAAUGUCAUCGUCUCUGAUGCACAGAUUUAAACUUGAUGGCAUCAAACAUUAUAAAGAUAUACAAGAAAAUGACGGGAUUCUUCCUUUUGGACAAUCUGGAAGGCAAAGUGUCAAAUAUAAAUUGAUAAAGGGAAUGGUUCCAGGAAAACCGGAACUUUUUCCGUUUGAUGCGCUCACAGCGAUAGAACGGUGCACUUUACAUCAAGCCAUUUCAAAUACAAUAAUGAAAGAAGAUUCAAGCGGCACGAAUACAUUGUGCGAAGAGAUUGGUCAGAAAUUAAGAGGUAGAGUUUCACUUGACGAUUUGUGGAAUUGUCCGAGAGAGUAUGGAGUGGUCCUAACGUCAUAUGGAACUAUUGCUAUAGGUGCUAUUAUAACAGCUGUCGCCGCUGCCUUACAACAUCAAAAUGUUGGAUUAGAUCAAAUUGUUCACGCAAUGACAUUUGAAAGGCCUACUACUAUACCUACUGUGACUUAUAUUGAUGAAGUGGAUUUUAUUGUUCCAAGAAAUGAAAUGAUUCAUGAUAGAUCAAUGCCGUAUCUCUCUUCGCUUGAGUCAACUAUAAAAAUAGAUAACAUAUGGCUAGCAACGAUUGCAGGUGAGUUAGCGGAAAUGAUAGUGUAUCAAGGACCUAUAUUAGACGUUGAUAUGGAACUUGGGGCCGCCGGAUUUUGGAAUAAUACUAUGCGUCCAAGUGUUUAUUAUUUAAAAAGUAAAAAUGGCCACUUUGAUGCCACCCGUGCUGAGAUAGUUGGUGAUAUCGACGGUCUCAUUAUAGCGGGCAAGGUGCGCACUUUGGUCAACGAUUUUUACAGUCUUCGUUUGAGCCAAAUUCUCGAUAUGUAUUAUUCAGAUGAAGGUAUAACUUUGUUUAAUGAGAACAUCAAAGUUUGUGACAGGAAGAAAGCUUUUUCAUAUACUGUGUCAAAGACACUUUUAAAUGAACAGACCUACGCCGCAGCUCAUCUUUUGGCUUAUCAGAAUGAUGUUGUAUUCAAAUCUCCAGAGGCUCUUAAACGAUUAGUUGAUCGCGCGGUUGCUAAAUUUUCAAUUUACACAAACGACCAUCUUUUGACAGAAUUACUUUGUCGAAGGAGAAAACACUAUCCACAAGUAGAAGCACUGAUUGUUUUCGAUGGUAGUUGGACUAAGGAAUACACAAUGAAUUUUGUCGCAGCAUUAAUAGAUGAUUUAGAUAUCUCAAUGUAUGGCUCAAAAAUGGGAAUUUUGCAUGGUACAUCGGGACAAUGGUUACUUAAUGUAACAAGCAGUCCUAGUCUUACUUAUUAUGCUUUGUCUAACUUCAAGAAUAUUUCAUGGCCCACGCGUUUAGAUUUUAUUGUAAUAUUGAAUGCAAUAUCCAAUUAUCUAAAUGUAACCGCGCAAGCAAAGUGGAACCAGCAACAACACCAUACAAUAAAAAGUUUCGGCCAAGUGAUCGUAAUAUUAGCUCCAUUGACUCAAUUCUCUGAAACAGACCAGCAGACAAUUAUAAAAGUGUUAAAAGAGAUCAAGCACUUUUAUCCUGACCUAUACUUUUUAUAUUAUGCGUCAGAACAAAAUUCACGCGUUUUUCAACCAUUUAUAUUGUCAGAGCAAGAUCAUUUAAUACUUGGUCCUAAUUUUGAUGUGGUCAUACAAUAUUUAUCAACAUUGCCACAAACUAUAAAGCCAGUAGUUAUGUCAAAACUUGACACAGAACCAAUAGAAUUUAAGGAUGAAAUAGAAGAUUAUAUAAGUCCUUCAAAAUCAAUUACAUAUAUGUUACAUUCGCAAUAUACAGUUAAUAUAAGGACAACAAUUACAGUUCACAAUUUUGGAUAUGGAACAAUAACAGCUUGUUCUUGGAAUCGAUUUGAUGGCGAGGAAACUAUGACAUGUCAAUAUCUUGAUGCACAUAAAGAGAUUAGCUUAAUUGUGGAUUACAAAUGCAUCGAUACACAUUGUCCCAACGUAUAUCUUCGAAUAAAAAACGCCACUUCCUUUAACAAAUGCGCAGAAAUAGAAUGUAGAGCACCUAAUCAAGUGAGAUAUAUCAUAAGAAUGCAAAGCAUGUAUGAAAACUCUGCGGAAAAGAAUACUAUUGUAAAUGUAUUUGUAAUACUCUCUUUAUAUUUGCAAUUAGCUAUAUUUAAUAUGUAAAGAUUUAAUUUAAUUCAAUAAAAUUAAGUUAAAACAACCAUAAUUACUAUUGCGUGGAAGUAGCUCUGUCAUGAUGGAAAUAGAAAUUUUUAUGUCAGCGGGAACAACACUAAUAUUCACACACUGUGGUUUCGUUUUAAGAUUAUUAUACAAGUUUAUUUGCACGUUCGAUAUUUUGUUCUACAAUAAUGUGUAAUUGACGCGUGUUAAGAGAAUGCUAAAAUAAUAGAAAAAUUUCCUCGAUGUCGGUACUGCAGAUCACUGCAAAUUAUUUUUCGAGCGAGACCAGGCUAUUGCUCUUUGUUCAUCGCAUAAAUCUGUCUUUAUUUUUUUAUUAUUUUGCCAUCUGCAAAAAGACCUAUCAACUACUCUUAAAGACCAUAUUGUUCUGUUUAUGACAGUUUAGCUUCACUGAGCAAAAUAUACAUGUGGUAAAAGCACAUUAGCAUAUCUAUUUUUGUUAAGCGUUUAGCCGUAAUUUUACGCAGUGUUAUUUGUGCAUGUUUCUGAACGUGCUCUACUAUGCACGCUACUCUUGCGCUCUACUAUCAUUUUGUACGUACGAACUACAGAACUUCUGUAUUAAAAUAAAGUUAACCUUAGGUGAUAGAUAUACAAGUGAAUUUUUAAUGAUUUAUUAACUUUUGUUCGAUUUUCUUGUAAAAUUGACCAGAGCGCACUUUUUUUACGCGUAUUUCAAUUCUAAAACAUUCACAUUCACAGAUCGCCAUAUUCCGGCUAGAUCACUUUCACAGCUAUUCCCGGUCUAUGGCGGCCUAACUCAAACAACUUAUUUUACGUCUUUUCUCACUUUAAACCAUUCGAAAGUUAUUACAUUUACGGAGCGACUCUCGGCACGUCUUCACCUCGAGAGAAAGAGAGAAAAAGAGACUGACUGAUUGACUGAGCUUUUAUUAAUAUUCUACGGCAAGGCUCUCUAAGAACAUAUACAUAGAAGUGAGAUGGUGUAUGUAUGUGACAGAUUGAGUGCACGAUGAUGCGAAGAUGAGAAAGUAAGGAAAAUAAACGCAAAGACUAGAUAUG